AAUGCAAAAAACAAAAGGAUGGCCUGUGUUGAAUGUAGACAGCAAAAAUCAAAAUGCGAUGCUCAAGAAAGAGCUCCUUUACCUUGCACAAGAUGUACGAGAAGAAAUCUCAUCUGCUCUUUACAAUCGAACUACAAAAGAACCUACAAGAGAGCAAGAUUAGCUCAGAUGGAAAAGCAAUUUAACGACUUGAAAUUAACUCUACAAAAAGCUGGGAUAACUGACUUACUAUUAAACAAUAACAAUAACAACAAUAACAACAACGCUGAAAAUCAGAAUCAAAAUGAAAACGACGAAAAGAAUACAUCGCUAAAUUCAGAAUUGCUAGAAAAAAUAACCUCUCUUAUCCUCAAUUCAACUAACCUAAUAAAUAAAAACAACUCAAACCUAUCCAACAUAUCAACCGCUUCUAAAUUGGACGAAUCUUCUGUUCCUGCUAAAUGCGAUAUAAUAUUAACUGGUGAAAUACUAAAAUGCGAACCUAAAUCCUUGGGUGAAAUUGAAUUGUCUUCGCUUCAAAUAUCCGAAUUCUAUCAAGAAUACACCUCCAAUUAUUAUCCAAUCUUACCCAUCAUAGACAUUAUAAAAGGCCCCGAAAAGCUUUAUAGACUAUGUCCAGUAUUAUUCUGGGUGAUAAUGUCUGUGGCAAUGAGAAGAAUUUCUUCCGAUUCAAGAAAACUAUUACUAAAAUUAACUCCUCAUAUUAAAUCAAUUUUAGCUGACCUAACUAUAAGCCCAAUAACAAGAUAUUCUCCCUCAGAAUUAGAUGAGCCUGUGUUGAAUGCCUCCUCAGUUUAUUCAGUUCAGGCCUUUCUAAUUUACACUUUUUGGUCGUCUUUAACUUCUUCUCUAAGCGCUGAUUCUUCUUGGAAUACAAUAGGUAUAGCAAUUUUUCAAGCAAUAAGAAUAGGUUUACAUUCUCCAGGCCACACUAUAGAUUUUUCAAAUGCUUCCGCUGAUUCAAAACAAUUGGAUUUAAUAACUGAACAAAUUAAAACCUGGACUUCUUGCAAUGUUGUAUCUCAAACCAUUGCAACUACGUUUGGUUAUCCGGCUUUUGUUCAAUUUGACUCAAGAGUACUCAAUAAUAAAAAAUUAUUGAGCACCAACGAUUUUCCUCAAGAAUUAAACCAAAUGCUAGAAAUCUCUUAUUUUGAAAACCAAAUCGCAAAGACUUUAAACUCAAAUUUUUUAGAUCCUUUAGGUCUAGUUAGCAAUAAUGAAAAAUUGUCCCUAAUUCAAAUACUCUUGAAACAAUUGAAUAAUAUAGAGAUUAGAUUAUGUUCAAAUGAUCACAAAUUAGAUGAUAUUAGAAAAUUUUCAUUACUAGCAGCAAAAGUUCACUUAUUGACUUAUUAUUUCCUUGAUUCGACUAACUCAAAUAGUUUAGAUGACCUAUUAAAUGAUAUCGAUCCAAGUUCAAAUAUCGACUUGACCAAUUUAAAUAGCCCAUAUUCUUCAUUAUAUUCACUUCAACUCAAAAAGGGUUUAAUAAAACUUUAUAACUCAACAAUAUUAUUAAUUAAUCACACAAAAAACUCACAAAAUAACAAUCGAAAAUUCAUCAAAUAUUUACCAAAUAUUUAUCUAAUAGAAAUAUGGCAAGCUGCAAUCAUUCUUUGUAAAAUUGUUCAUUCUCCAAUAUCCAAAUACAUUGACACCAUGCUUGGCAGAUCAAUGUAUGAUAUUGUAAUUUAUUUAACACUAAAGUCGUCAAUUGUUAAAUAUGAUAUAGCGUAUAGGUUUGCAGGUAUAAUGAAAAGUUUAUGGAAGCUUUUUGAGACAUUAUAUGAAAAGGGAACAUUGAAGACAGAUGUGGCUAUCAAGACAAGAAUGGCUGCGAGCAUUUUCUUUGAUUGCCUUUGGACAUUGCGAGAAAAAGUCGGUAUGAUUAAAUAUUCUCAAAAGAAUAAUGUAAUGCCAACUAAGCAUACUAAUGAAGACUCCGAUGUUGAGGAUGAAAAGAUAAAACUAUCAACGACGUCACUGAAAUUUAAAGAAAGUAACCAGAUUGGAACACCGAAUUCUCUAGACUCCAAUGCACACUCAAAGAAAUCCACUAAAUCAAGAUCAAUAGCAGAUCCAUCGUGUCCAGAAACAUCAGCUAGGAAAAUCAUCAAUAAGAUACCGCUAGAUCCAGAUCCUAUAAAGGCUUCCGUUAUAUCAUCA